AAAAAGUAUAUCCUUGCCUUUUCACUUGACCCCAGGCCAAGGCCAGUAGAAAAGUGUGUGUUGUACAGUUCAUGUUCAGUGUAUGCAUGAUAUUGCAUGCUAACUUUGACAUUCACAAAUCAAGCAGUUUCUAGAAGGAUAUUGUUCAAUUUAUAGUUUAAAAGGUAUCUCCACUGAAAUGGCAGACAAAUUAAGAUUUAUAACAUAUUUGUCUCCUGGAAUACCAGUGCAAUUAUUUGAAACAGUAAUGCACUACCUGGAGGAGGUAACAGGGAAACAGACAUAUUUAAUCCAUGAGUCCAGAUGGAGUGGUCCCCCCUUAGACAGAGAAGAUCCUUUCACAGCAAAUGAAGCAGAUAUUGGAUUUAUGUGUUCACCAGGAUUUCUGAGACUUGCACAAGAGAAAAAAGAAGUAGAACUUUGUCAUGCUGCACCAGUAUAUAACCAUGUCAGAGGAGAACAAAAACCUGUUUAUUUCUCUGAUGUUAUAACAGUCAAUGAUGAUAGUGGGACAAAGCAGGAGUUUAAAGAAUUCACAGAUUUAAAAGGAUUCUCAUUUGCAUUUAAUGAACCAAUGUCAUUAAGUGGUACAUUGAUAGUGUUAGGAGAGCUAAAGAAGAGAGGGUACAAUUCCACAUUCUUUGGAAAUACUCUGCAAUCAGGUUCCCAUAGAAGUUCAAUCAAGAUGGUUUUAGAUAGGAAGGCAGAUAUUGCUGCUAUAGACUCUAACACAUUACAUUAUUAUUUACAAGAACAUCCUGAGGGGAAGGACAAGAUCAAAGUUCUGACAUCAUUCGGCCCUUUACCUAUUCACCCUAUUGUAUUUAAUAAAAGAUUACCAGCUGAAUUAAAGAAGAAGAUAACAGAUGCUUUGUUAGAUCUACACAACAAACCAGAAUGGAUGAACAAACUGAGAGAAUAUAAUAUAUUCAAAUUUACUACUGUAGAUAUGUCCCAUUAUGACAUGGAAAUAAAUCUCUUAGAUUCUGUCAAAAAUCUAAAAAUAGCAGCAGCUUAUUAUUAGGGUAUACAAUUGUUAACACUAUACUGCUGUUGUAGAUAUACAUUGUUUUAUGACACUUUAAUUCAGAUAUUGUAAAAAAAAUGGGGUUAAAAACAAAAGUGGAAUUACAUAAUUGUUUUAAAAGAUUUAUUUUCUAUAGAUCAGAAUGUUUUGUAUUUUUUUUAAAUCAUUUUGUUAUAUAUGAUAUUUUAUUUUUAACAUUCCUGUAUGAUACACAUACAAAAUCAACAGAAAACAAAAAUAAUACAAUGUCUGCAUAAAAACUUGUAGAAAAUGUAUGUUUCAUUUCACAUUCAUUUCAAUUUUAUACAUAAAUAAGGCUGUUAGUUUUCUCGUUUCAAUUGUUUUACAUUGUCUUAUCAGGGCCUUUUAAAGCUGACUAUGCUGUAUGGGCUUUGUUCAUUGUUGAAGGCCGUACAGUGACCUAUAGUUGUUAAUGUCUGUGUCAUUUUGGUCUUUUGUGGAUAGUUGUCUCAUUGGCAAUCAUACCACAUCUUCUUUUUAUAUGAUUCCCCUUUACCCACGAAAUCCACAAAAACUGGUUUCCCAACAAAUUUUAAUGACUCCGCCAGAAUUGAUACGCACAUAUUUUGGUAUAAAAAAAAUCUGAAUCAAGUUGUAUAUAUAAAGCUGCAUCUGUUCUAAAUCAGCUGUUCUAUAUAUUUUCUUGUUGUUUGUGUUUUUCUAACAGUAUUAUAUCAGUUUCUAUUGACAAAGGUGCAAUAACACCAUAAAAGGCUUGGUAUAUAAAUUAAUAGCUUAAACUAUUUAUAUUUAUAUUUGCUCUGUACAUUUAUAAUCUAAUAAAAUGGGGAUUUUGAUAUCAUAGUUAAUUUGGGAAUUAAGUCUUAAGGUUGAAAUAAUAUAUAUAAUUGUUCUUUAUAAAGCAAAGUUAUAAAAUUAAAUUUACAGUUUACAUUAUUUAACAAAAUAUUUAAUAUUUCAGUAAUACUUCAUAAAGCCAACCCCUCAGCAGAAAAAUAAUAUAAGAACAUCAUGAAAGUGAUUUAGUUACAAAAACAAAUAUCAUGUUGAACACAAUAGAAGGCCUGCACAGGAGUCAUUCUAAAAGCUCUUCUCAUAUACGAGUGCUGUAUACUGCCAAAAUUGUUAAAGUCUUUGGUUGUAUUUUAAUUAGGUAUGCCAUAUUUUGAACUUUUUAUUAAUUCAUUGAAACAAUUAAUUCAUCAAAUAUAAUAUUGCCAGAGUUUAACAUUUUAUCAAAAUUGAUUGAUUUUAUUUUAUAUAAUAUUAGUAACUUUUAACAUAAAUCAUGAAAAAUUUAAUUAACAAACCCAAAUAAAGUAUAAAUUUCAAAACUAAAAGUUUCUAAAAAACAAAUUCUGUGACAUACUACAACCUUAAACUAACCUUACUGGUUUAUAAGGGUUAUAGGGGUUUGUGAGGGAAUAUAUAAUUUUUAACUUGUAUUUUAAUAGAUGAUUUUUGUAGUGCUAUAAAAAAUUUGUUUGAUACAUUUUGACCGAUACUUGGUUUUAACUUAAGAUUUCUUGCCUAUAUAUUUCCUAGGAUAAAUAAAGUUAUAUUAUAUUGUAACAUAAUAUUUUCCCUAUUGAUAUUUUUAAUGGACAUUUUGUUAAAGAGAUAAAUCACAUCAGAUGAAAUCAAUGGAAAAACUUUUUAUGUUUUGUGCACCAUUACCCUCUAAUUGAUCUACAUAUUUUGUUCUAAUUGUUAUUAUUUUAUAUAAUUGUUAUAUAAUUGUGAUAUUAAAAUGAUCUGUUUCUUUC